AUAUUACUAGUUAAAAUAAUAAAAAAAAAGUUGCUUCACUUGGACAACGCAGAAGUGACUUGCAGUGAUUACACACAGAGGAUGUCAGAUUUGCCAUGCUGUAAUAAAGAGGAGGAGGUGGGCUUCUACACACCAGGAGUUAAGGGCAAAGUGGUGCUCAACUCAUUACUAAACUCCACCUAUGACUUCAUUAAGGAGGAAAGUUUAGGUGACAGAUACGAGUGCAUCUCAAGAUAUAUGAACAUUAAAGAGGAGGCCUUGGACCAUGGUUACUGCAAUGAGGUCUGUGAUGCUAAAUGUGAGGAUAUUAAAGAAGAAAACUGUGAUACUGCAUAUGGGACAGUUCAGAAAGAAGUAGUUAACCCUGUAUUCAUCCUUCAGCAAACAUCUGAAUCUGACAGUAUUUUAGGAAGUAGAACAAUUAAGCGAGAAUCUUGUGCCUAUCAAAAAGGCAAAGAGAAUUUGGGAUCGACAAUAAAAGUGUGUUGCCCUUCCCAGAAACCUGAAUCAUCACAGAAAGACGACGAGAUUGGGAAACAGAAAGAGACCUCUUCUGGCAGAGACAAACAGGAAGCCCGAGAUGAGCCUGUAAUAAGAUGUGCGCACUGGAAAUAUGUUGAUGGAAAUAUGCAGACUAUCCGAAUUGUACUGCCCUCCUUCUGUUUUCCCGAAUAUGGAGAAAUUCCAGACAAACCGGAAAGUCCAAGUUCCACUCAGGCAUAUUCAGUGUUUCCAGUGAGUAGUAGAACAAUGAAGGAUAAGAGAGACAACGAGUCACUGUCUACAAAGAGCUGUAGAAGAAUCACCAUGAAAAAAACAAAAUUCAUAUGUACUAAGUGCAGGAAAAAAUUCACUUGCAAAUCUAAUCUCGCACGACACCUCCAAGUUCAUACUAGAGACAAGACAUUUUGUUGUGCUAAAUGUGGAAAAAGUUUCAGCCAGAAGUGUGUUCUUCAGAUUCACCUAUUAUUCCACUCUGGAAAGAAAGCCUAUUGCUGCAACCAGUGUGGAAAGAAAUUCAUUGAGAAGAAACAUCUGCAGUGUCACCAGAAAAUUCAUUUACGGAAGAAGUCGUAUGUACAUAAUGAAUGUGGAAAUAUGCCACCUGCACUAAAGCCAUACCGCUGUAGUGAAUGUGGCAUGAGCUUCAAACAGAAGGCCACACUUGAAACCCACCAGACAAUUCACAAUGAAAAACAAUACUGCUGUACUGAUUGUGGAGCAAAGUUUAUCAACAAAGCAUGUCUUGAACGACAUUACAGAAUUCACACUGGCCAGAACAAAUUGUGUUGUGAAAAAUGUGGGAAGAAGUCCUUGAAUGAACAUUGUUGUGCUACACAUCCUAGAAAUCAACCUGGAAAGAAGACAUAUUGUGAUUCAGACUGUGAAAACAUGUACAAAGAGGAGAAAUCUCAUCCGGAACACCAGAGAAUCCACGCUGACAAGGAAAAGUUUAAAUGUAAUAAAUGUGGGAAACAAUUCUUAAACAAACACCAUCUUGGAAGACACCUGAGAACUCACACCGAUGAGAAGCCAUAUUGCUGUAGGGAAUGUGGAAAUAGGUAUAAAGACAAGACAACUCUUCAUGAACACCAAAGAAUUCACACUGGAGAAAAGCCCUUUGGCUGUACAGAAUGUGGCUAUAGGUUCCACAAAAAAAGAUAUCUUCGUCUUCACAUGAGAACGCAUACAGGAGAGAAGCCAUAUAGCUGUCCUGAAUGUGGACUUAGGUUCUCUUGGAGAGGUGAUGCUCAAAAACACCAGAAAAUUCACACUGGAGAAAAGCCAUUUCGCUGCACUGAAUGUGGAAGAGGAUUUGCCCGCAAUGGUACUCUUCAAAGACAUCUGAUGACUCACACUAAUGAGAAGCCCUACUGCUGUACUGAAUGUGGGAAGAGAUUCACACGGCACAGCCAAAUAUUAACACAUCAAAAAGUUCACGCGGGACAAAACUGAAUAGGAUCACACAGCCAAACAAAAUUAAUAGAAUAAAAGCACAAUUAGUUGCCUCUAAUCAAAGUGAGCAAUAAAAAGAAUUAAGAAAGUGGUGUUGGAGCCUUUGAGAGCCCCGUUAAAUGAAAUUUGUUUCUUUAUCGAAUACACACGUCAGACCUAAAACAUUGUUGUUCUACUACCUCAGUCUGUGUAGGCCAUGAUGACUUAUCAGUCAGACGGGAACCAUUUUACUUGCUGUGAAUGUUUCAACUAAUGAAAGAUCACGACAUUGAAGCCAAGUGUGUUAACAAACAUGGGACGAUUGAAAUCUAUGUGGGGAUCAUUAAAACUUGUAGAACAUAGUGGAGGGAAUCAGCAAAGACAAUAAAACCAGUAAACGAGAGGAAUAUGAACAAGUUUAAAAGGUAAUGACAGUUUCAGGUGUAAGAGCUGUUUGAUUAUGAUUGAUCGCAUUAGAUUGCAAAUAUCCUUGUGUGUAGAAAUCUUUUACAUUACCUUUGAAAUGCAUUUCUGAAUAUCUGUAUUACUGUUAUUGUGACAUUACUGCAAUUAGUUGUGGUAAUCAUUUGGCAUCCAUACAUUUUAGGAUUAUCAUUUACAAUAUCAUCUGAAAAAAAAACACGUGGGCAGUGAAGCAGCUUUGGUUUGUAGACACUCAAUUGUUUUAAUACAGAGCAACACACAAUAAAAUUAUAUUAAGUAAAAAGGAAACGUCUAAAACCAGUUAUCAGUUAUUGGGACACUUUUGAAUGAUUCAAAUAAUGUAGUAGGGGCAAAUCUACAACUUUCAGCCUGUUAAAAUAUACUUCAAAAGUGUAGUCUGCCUUCUGUCACCAUUAACCCUAAAAUUUAAAAAUAUAUCACCACCAGGGAGCAAACCAGCUCCUCAACACUCGACACAACAGACACUAGGCCCAAAUGAAGCAGCAGCACACACAUUUAUUUACAAGUGGGAAACAAUUUUGCUUCCUUCCCCCUACAGCACCAAGCACAGUACUUUCUUUUCUUCUUUGUCUCUGUCGCUCCUUCUGCCUCCUCUCCUCCUCCAUCUUUGUCAUCAUCAUCAUCCUCCUCCAUCUCCUGACUCUGUUUUCCGGAAUGAAGGCGUGCAUCUCCCUUUA